AUGUCGAAAGAAAAUGACAUCACUGAUGAUCUUGAUCAACAAAUGAUCAAUCCAAAGCAGACUUCACGAACAAUAUACUUUUAUAUUCUACGCAACACAACUGUAGAUGAAAAAUUCAAAAUCAAAGCUUAUUUUAAUAAUGAUAUUAAAUAUACAUUUAAUCGAGCAGAAGUAUUCGAUGAAAAAAAAAAUAAUAGUCCUUAUAUUUAUUGUCUUGAAUUGAAUUUAAUUAUUGAUGAUCAAGAUCGUUUAUAUAUCAAUUAUCAAAAUGGUUUAGUACCAAUUGAGCAUUAUCGAUUACGUCUUUCACGUAAAAUUCCUCAAACUGACAGAACAUUUCGUGACUACAAUGACGAUACAUUUCGAUAUAUUGAUAAUGCUCGUUUUACUAAACAUUAUUUUCUAUUUGACGUUAAUUUUGCAAAAAAUUUUGUUGAUGGUCCUCCUGGUGAAAAUGUUCCCUUUUGGAGUCAACUAUGCUUAUAUACAUUUUAUUUACUUCAUUAUCAAAUGUUUGAUCAUUUUAAUAUACUAAUCGAUCAAUUUAAAAAAGUUGUUCAAGAUACUAAUCGUACAUUAAUACGUGAAGAAUUUAAUGAUUUUUUUCAAAGUUGUAUCACUCAUUUAUCUUAUGCAAUACCUCCUUCAACAGAUCAAACUAUGGCUGAAAAACUUAUUAUUUGUAUGACAGGACUUUUACCAAUAAUAAAAACAAAUUUUGAUUUAACUAGUCAUUUUGUUAUAAAUUUUACAUUAGCAUUAAUUGAUGAUAUUAAAGAACAUUAUGAUAAUCUAUUUUCAAUAGUUUCAGUGGGUGAUUGGCAUUUAUUUCGUGAUGGUCUAACACUAUAUCUUUCAAUUGAAUUACUAUCUAAAUCAAAAGAUACUAUAGAAUUGGUACAUCGAAUGAAAAAUGAACGAUGUCAAAAAGAUCUAGCUAAUGUAUUAUUACAACGACUUGAAUUAUUAGGAAGGCCGGUUUUAGGUUUAAAUUGGACAAGUCUAUUCACAAUUGUUGAUCCAAAUAUUCUUACAUUGAAACAACUUGAAUUAACAGGAUCAAUAAAAACGUAUAUCACAUCUUUAGUACAAAUUGUUGGCAUGAAUAUUAAUGAAGUGGAACUUAGUGAUAAAAUCAUUCGUCAUUUCGAUCGUCUUAUAUUUGAAGAGAGUUUACGUGUUGAUCUUGAUGAUAUUAUAUUUUUAAUUAAAUUUUUACAAAUGGAAUCAUCAGAAACUGAAGAAUCCUCAAAAAAUAUUUUAAAAACUGUUAAUACAGCUAUUGAAUCAAGUAUUCAAUUACGUAAAAAAAUACAACAAUAUUUAUAUACAUUAAAAAUAACAAAUGAACAAUUUAAAGAUAUUCGUCUUAUUAUUUCAUUUAUAGAAAAAUCAUUUAUUUUAUUUUUAGUUGAAAAAAGAGCUUUAUUAAUUCAUUUAAUGAAUCAUGCACAUGCAUCGUAUUCAUAUGAAUUUUUUAAACAAUGGUUUUGUUCAUUUUUAUUAUUUCAUGAUGAAAUAAAUGAUCGUAAUAAAAAAAUUUAUCAAGAUUUACUUGAACAUUGGUCUCAUCAACUUCCUAAAUCUUAUGAAAUAAUGAUAAAAAUAAUGAUGGAUAUUGAUUUUUUAAUUAAUGCUUUUGAAAAUGAACAAUAUCAAUUGAUCUUUAUUCAUCAUAUGAUUAAUCUUUGUUUUCAACAAGAAUCUAUUUAUCAAAUUUUAUCUGAUGGAUUAUUAAAUCUAAAUAAUGAAUUAUUUCUUGAUCAAUUUGAAAAGAAAUUUACAUCAAUCUGUUUAAAUAUAUCUCAAAAUAAAUUAAAACAAUUAUCUAAUCGUGAAAAUCCAUUAUAUCAUUUAAUUAAUAUUGAUAAACAAAAUCAAGGUAAAAGUAAAUUAAUUAAUAAUUUAAUUCAACUUACAGCAAAUAAAAUUCAAUUUGAUGUCGAUGAAAUUUCACAAGAAACAUUUGAACGACCAACUCGUACAACAUGUGUCUAUGCAAUUUUAUUUGAAGAUUGUUUUAAAACUUCAACAUUACGUCAAACAAUAAUUUAUCAAUUACGUGAAUUAUGGAAUGUAUGGGAAAAAGAAGGCUUUCGUGCAAAUCAAAUAUUAGGAUGGAAAAAUUUUUCUGAUGAAGAACGUCAAAUUGUUUAUCGUAUUUGGAAUUAUAUUGGUGAAACAGCUGGAAAACAAGAUAAAAUAAAUACAUUAAUUGAUAGACAACAAUGGGAAAUGGAUGAGAAGAUUCAAGUAAAAGAAAGAAUUACACAAUGUUUAGAAAUUUAUUGUCAAAAUGCUUAUGAUAAACAAAUAUAUCUUGAUCUUUUAUCAGAUAUGGAAACAAAAUUAAAAUCUGAAAUAGUUCGUUCAAUUCAAAUUCCAGAUCAAAUUAAAUCAAUUUUACCACUUGUUAAUCGUCUUAAUCCAUUAGAAAAAUUAAAUGUUUGGAAAACAUUUUUAGCCCAGAAACGUAAAUGUGAUCAAAAUUCACCUACAACUACAGAUAUGAAUUCAUUUGAUAUUAUUGAUAGUGAAUCAUUGUUAUCUGACGAUGACCGUACAACAGAAGCAAGUUCAUCAUCACGUACUUUUCGUAGUUCUUUAUGUGCUACCAUAUCAAUAGACUCAAAUGAAGAUAUUCCAUUAGAUCAACGAUCAUGUAUUGAUAUAUUAACUGAAUACAUUGAAAUCCUUGAUAUGUUUAUUGAACGUUUAAAAAGAAUUUGUUCUGAAUGGAAACAUUUAUCUAUAUCUGAAAUACUUAAUUUAUUUCCUGAUAUUCAAUAUGUAGAUCAUGAUUUUGAAAUUCUUAAACCAUUAUUAAAUUCUGAUGCAACAGAUAAAAUUAAAUCAGUAUUAGAUUAUUGGAAAAAUCGUGACAAUAUUUAUCAUAUAUGUCAUGGUUAUAUUAAUCUACUAAAUAAUAUAGAAAAAUUUUCUGGCAAAAAUUGUGAAAUAUUCAAAAAAAUUACUGAAAUAAAUAAUCAAACAAAAGGUUUACAAUGUUUUAUGCGCUAUCGACAAUUUUUAAGAGAAUUUCUUGAAUGUCAUUCAAAAGAAUUCCUUAAUUUUAUUGCUCAAUAUAGUUUAUCAAAUGAGUUAAUUACAUUUUUAAAUCUUCUUCCAUCAACUGAUGUUGAUAAUUUACUUCAAGCUGUUAAUGAUUGGGAUGAAACAUUAAUAAAUACAAAAACUGUAUUAGAUUUUGUUAUGCUUAAAAGAUUUUUUGUUCGAUUUAAUCAGAAAUUAGAUUCUAUAAGAAAUGAUUCAUCUUUAUUUGAUAUUGAACAAAUUAAAAUAGCCUUUCAAACAACAUUUGAAGAUGAACAAUUUAAAAAUAUAUUCAAUUGUUUUCCAACAUGUUUAGCAUCAUUAACAAGCAUUAAACGUAUACAUUUAGAAUUAACUGAUAAAGAAUUAUCCAAACGAAAACGUAUAUCUGAUAUAAUGCAAAAUAUCAAAUUUGGUUUUAUUGAAGAAUUUAAUAAAUUUAACAUCAAUAUAGAACCUCAAUCAAUAUGUUUUAAUGAUUUAAGUGAAUUACGUGAUCGAGCAAGAUUAAUUGAAUAUUCAACAAAUAAUAAUAAAUUUUCAAUUGAUUCUCAACAUGAUAUAAAAGAACUUCAUUCAUUUGUAACAUUUGUUGAAAUAGUUGAGAAAAUUCUAAAAAAUUUUUCAUUAUUAAAUAUAGCUGGUCAUCCAUCAAUAAUUAAUUAUCUUUCACCAAAUAAAUCAUUUACAUGUGUUGAUAGUGAUUAUCAAGAAUUAAUUGAAUUUAGUGUAAUGCUUGAUAAUCUUCUUUAUGAUUGGGAUAUAUAUUUAUGUAAAAUGUAUGAAAAACAUAUUGAUUUAACUUAUUUUUCAUAUCAACAAAUUUGGAUUGUUGAAGAUUAUUUAUAUAAUCAACUACAACAAUUAAAAACAAAUCAUUCUGGCUAUCAUUUAUUACAAUAUAUUGGCAUACAACCAGAAACAAUUCAUGCUGAAUAUUUACCAAUAAAAACUGAAAAUCCAAAUGAACGUUUAGAAAAUAUAGGAAAAAUUUUAACAGCACAACGAAUAAAAUCAAAUUUAAUAAUUAAACAAGAAAAUCGUAGUAUUAAAAAAGUUUAUUUAGUUGAAACAUCUGAUGAAGGUAUUUUACGAGCAAUACUUUCAUUAUUUAAAAAUCUUCGUACAUCAAUUGCUGUUAAUCAUUUAUUUUAUUGUACAGAAGAAACAAGUUGGACAGAAAUUCGUGCAUUUACAUAUCGUUGUUUUUAUUCUCAAACAUUACAUCAAUUAAUUCGACCUGAACUAUUAUCAACAUCAAUUCAAGAUCAUUUGACACGUUUCUUAAGACAAUUAAUUGAACAUCAUCCAGAACAUUAUUUUCGUCUUGCAAUAAUAACCAAUAUAUCAACAACACAUUUACAAAUAAUCAAUGGUUUAAGAACACUUCAAAUUGUUCAUACUGUUCAUGAUCAAGAUAUGUUAAAUAGAAAUGAUUUAAAACAAAUUAUUGAAGAACUUAUUGGUAAAAAUUGUACUUUAGUUAUAUCAAGAAUAAAUGGCUUAGGAAAAUCUUAUUUAAUAAGAAAUGAAAUUGAAAAAAACGGAAAAACUCACAUUAAAUUUCCUAUUAGUGGUGAUAUGGAUGUUGAUAUUAUUGCAAAACGUUUACAUAAUUAUGGAAAUGAAUUAACAUCAUCAAAAGCAGCUUUACAUAUUGAUAUUGGAGCAGUUAAUAAUACAAAACAACUUAAUGAACUUCUCUAUUGUCUUUUACUUUUUCGAAGUUUUCGUCUAGGACAUGUUGCUGUACAUAUACCUGUUGAUAUACCAAUUUAUAUUGAACUUGAUUCAUCACCUUAUUCAACUAAUUUACAAGAUAAAAUCGUUCUAUUUAAAUUUAUGAAUUCAAAAUAUAUUGAUCAUAUAGAUUGGAAUGAUUUUGUAAUCGAUCAUUCAUCAUCUGUUCAAUUAAUUGUUAAUUAUCUUCAAGCAAUAAAAGAUCAAACAAUUCUAAAACGAAAUAUAACUGAAGAAACAUUAACAAAUUUUGAUCGACCUACUUGUAUUAAUUUAUUAAAAGAAAGAUUUUUACAAAAUAAAAAUUUAGAAUUCGUAACUUGGACACAAUUAUCAAUAUUUAUAUCUGUUUAUUAUAGUUUAUUUUCUGGUUUUUCACGUUGUGGUUUUUUUCUUAUUGAUGCUAUACCAAAUCCACAAUUACGUUUAGAUAUUCUUCAAACUUUACUUCAAUCAUCCAAUCAAUUUACGUCAUUAUGUGUUGAAAAUGUACGAAAAAAUCAACGAUCUGUUAAUACAAAUGAAGUUAUUAUUUCAUUUAGUGAAGCUAUUGUUCGUUGGGAUAAAACUCAACCAUUUACUGUAGUUUUUUCUGCAACAGAUAAUCCAAUAUUUGUUUAUAAAAAUCCAACUGAUGUUCCAUCAUCACUUGUUGAAGCAUUUCAAUUAUAUCAUGAAAUAAUAACAGGACAAAAUAAUCAACAAUUAAAUGAUUUUUUUCCUGAUCAUAGUAAAUUUACACAUAAAGAUUUUUUUCUUAAACUUGCUUCAUUAUCAAAAAAAUAUUUUAAUAAAUCAAUAUGUAUUAAAUGUUAUCGACAAUAUGACUAUAAUGAAAUACAAUGUACUGAAUGUGAAACAAAUGAACUUUUAGUACGACCUAUUUCUUCGGCAACUGCAGAUAUUGAAAAUUUUCAAGAAUUUAUUGCUAAUAAACUUCAAUUAGAAUAUGUUUUAACACCGGAUAAUUACAUUAAAAUGUUAUUAAUUUAUUUACGUGUUGAAAGUGGUCUUCCUGUAUUAAUUAUGGGUGAAACAGGUAAUUUAAAUAAAUAA